UCUCUCCUCUCUAUAAAUAUAACACCCUACAUAUCUGCUUUCCUUUGUCCAUUAGAAUAUACAGAAACUAAACUCAAUGGAAAUGGAAGUGGUUAUCCCUGUAAACAAAAUGGAUUUUGACUUUAACAGUCCACAUGUCAGUGCACCUUCGACGCCCAAGCGUUUUGGGGAAUUCUAUUGCAGCGCUCCGACAAGUCCGACGCAUUUGGCGCAGUUUUAUCGUGAUUUUGAUGAUUUCUCGAACAGAGCCAGCGGAGUCACAUCGAGGGUGCCGUUUGGUUCCCCUAAGAAUGAAGGUGAUUUUGCUUUUGAUAUUGGUGAGGAGUCAUCGGAAAAGGAGUCUCUUUCGGCGGAGGAACUGUUUGACGGCGGCGUAAUUAAGCACCUAAAGACCCCAUCGCGGCUGCAAGCUUCCACCGGAGCAAGAAUUAAGGGUGAUUACUCACCAAGGCAUAAGAAAGAGGCCGACCCUUUUGCAAUCUCUUCUCAAAGCGCCACGGCGGAGCACAGUCACAGAAGAGGAAGAGAGAGAGCUCCUGCAGCAGUUUUAUCUUCAUCAAGCCGAAGAGCAACGCGUUCACUUUCUCCUGCAAGAGAUUCUGAUCAAAAUUCACGGGAUCAAGAAGAGAAAAAACAGCAGAAUACAAAGAUUUUGUGCUCAUCUUCAUCCUCAAAAUGUCACAGAAAAUGGAGAUUGAAGGACUUUUUCUUGUUCCGAAGUGCAUCUGAAGGACGAGCAGCAGAUAAAGAUCCUUUAAGGAAAUACACAGCAGGGUUCAGAAAAUCAUAUGAAGAUGCUAAGAAUCCGAAUUUCCGGAGAAUGGAUAGCCAGGAUUCUGGAUCAAAUUCAAGUAGAAGAGGAAAAGUUUCAGCUCAUGAAUUGCAUUACACAACAAAUCGUGCAGUUUCUGAAGAUUUGAAGAAGAAAACCUUCUUGCCAUACAAGCAAGGCAUUCUGGGGCGCCUUUCAUUCAAUCCUGCGGCCCAUGCACUGGCUAAUGGUUUCGGGUUUUCUCGUAAAUGAAUAUUCGUCCGGUACAGUUGAGGACGGCAUGGUGAGAAGGAAUAAUUCUCUGCUAAUUAUAAUCUUUUUUUAAUUUUUUUAAUGUUUUGGAUAGGUAAUUUUUUCAGAUUUUGGUCAUGAGAUGUAUAAAAAUAAAUUUUACACAUUGAAGCAUCAUAUCUUAUUGUGGAAUUAUUUAUCAAUGUACUAAAUUUUAUUGAUCCUAAAAAAUUUAGGGUCUGCUAGAUAAAAUCUUGUUUCA